GCCCAUGAGCUACAUGCGAUUUAUGACUUGCGGUUCCCGUUUCUUUUCUUCGUCACAGAGUGUUCUUAGGCUGAGCGGGGUUGCACUCGAAAUUAUUAUUGCAAAAUGAAACGAAUAUAUGUUCAAUAUCAAAGCGGAUCAUUUUUGUUUUGAAUGCGUGGUGCGAAUGGAAACAGCGAACGGUUUGCAGGAAUGAAACAGAUCAUUGCCUUUUUUUACGUUGCGUAAAGAAUUACGUUGGAUUAGGUGCCGCCAGAGGGUUAAUGCUUGAUGACAGAAAGCCCCUAGAGACGAUCCUGUCAUCUUGCGCAACUUCAUGUAUGUCCUGAUCAUCGUCUGCACUUUCACUGUCUCUGGAUUCCUCCCUCUGCUGUGUUAAACCAAUCACAACACAGACAGUAUUGCCAUGGACACGGAUUCCAUCCACUCUGGUUAUUCCCACCACUCCAAUAGGUCACGAGGGUCAAACAAACAGAGUGAACGCAGCAGCAGGGAUCGGCACAAAUCACAUAGCCGUGACAGCAGCAGCCGCUCAGACAAAAAUGUCACCAUCAGUGCAUCGUCAGCCCAGCCACAGCAGCCGGAUCAAGGCUCCGCCCCCACAGAUGCCCAGGAUGACAACUGGGGCGAGACCACCACAGCGGUCACUGGAACAUCAGACCACAGCUUGUCUCAAGAGGACUUGGCUGGGUUUGGGAAGGACACGGAUGGUCCAGUAGAGAAAUUGAAAUGUAUACGCUUCCUUCCUUUGGCCCUCACCCUCCUCCUGGGCCUGCUGGUCCUGGUCACCCCCCUGUCCUUCCUGGUGCUGCCCCAGGUUCUGUGGUCGGAGCGCCUUCAGGCUUGUGGUACUGCCUGUGAGGGCCUGUUUCUCUCACUGGCUUUCAAGCUCCUCAUUCUGUUGCUGGCUGGCUGGGCACUGUUUGUGCGACCGACACGAGCCUCCCUGCCCCGGAUAGCAGUGUUCCGCGCCCUGCUGGGGUUGCUCACGCUCCUCCUGCUGCUCUCCUAUUGGCUGUUCUUUGGAGUGCGCAUCUUGGACUCACAGGAAGAGAACUACCACGGCAUAGUGCAGUUUGCAGUAUCAUUGGUGGAUGCUCUGCUGUUUAUCCAUUACCUGGCAGUGGUUCUGCUGGAGAUCCGGCAUCUGCAGCCCUGCUUUUCUCUCUGUGUCGUACGCUCCACUGAUGGAGAGACUCACCAUUACAACAUGGGACAACUCAGCAUCCAGCGGGCAGCCCUGGUAAUUCUUGAACACUAUUAUAAGGAUUUCUCAGUUCACAACCCUGCCCUGCUGACGGCUGCUAAGUCCAGGGCAGCUAAACAUCUAGCUGGGCUGAAAGUCUAUAAUGUGGAUGAGUUUAAAGCCAAACUGAAAAGCUAUCUGUUCGAUUGUGCUGGAAGUGAUGCUGCAACAGCUCAGUCUCGAGCUAAAAUAGCAGCUGCUGCUCGACAAAGAGACACCAGCCACAAUGAGCUGUACUACGAGGAAGCUGAGCAUGAUCGUAGAGUCCGAAAGCGCAAAGCACGGCUAGUGGUGGCCGUAGAGGAGGCGUUCACGCAUGUUAGACGGCUGCAGGAAGAGGAGAAAAAGAAGCCGCCGGGAGAUGAGAUGGAUCCGCGUGAGGCAGCACAGGCCAUCUUCCCAUCCAUGGCUCGAGCACUGCAGAAAUACCUGCGCACCACCCGCCAGCAGCACUGCCACAGCAUGGACAGCAUUCAGGCCCACCUGGCGUUCUGCAUUACAAACAACAUGACCCCAAAGGCAUUUCUGGAGAGCUAUCUGAUGGCUGGGCCCACGCUGCAGUACGGGAGAGAGUGCUGGCAGACCCGGCAGUGGACGCUGGUCAGCGAGGCGUCUGUCACCAGUCCCCUCCGUCACGGCUCUGAGUUCCAGCUCAAAUCGUCUGACUUCAGCUUAGUGGUCACAAGUAAAGCUAUCCCUCACCUCAAAUUCAGUGAGGAGUACGUCCACCCCAAGUCCCACAAGUUUGUAUUACAGCUACAGUCCGAGACCUCCGUCUGAUGGAUUCAGUUGCUUUUUUUUUCUACGCUUGUACAUUUUGGACUAGUACUAUUUUGUUUUAAAUUCUUUUUCACUUUUUCACAGUUUAUAAUAUUGGAUGUAUUUUGAUACAAUGUUUGUUACUGCCAAGAACAGAAGAGGAAAAAAAAUGUAUACCUGUAGUGUACUGUAUGUAUCUGAUUACCUAGUGCUGACUGGUUUGAUUGUGUGUUUGUGUUGCGCUUUGUAUGCUACUUUUUUGCAAAGAGCAAAUGCUAAUUACGUACUCUGAUAAGGACCAGCCCAAAGCAUAAUGGAUAAAGUUUAGCUUUUUGCAAGUAGAUAUUGUUUAUCAUAUCUAUGUUUCUGAGGCAUGAAUGGGUUUUUUUCAAUUGACUGAAACAAAUGAGCAUCAUGUUGGAAUUCCAUGAGAUUGUGGUAAGGCCGGAAACAUCAGUUAGGGAGUUGGAAUACAGCAACAUACAAAAUCAUUUUCAGCCUGCUUGAUUUCAAAAAAUGUUAUAUGUUUGGAUAUAAAGGGUAAUAUAUUGAAGAAAACAGCCUUUCCUGUGUGAUGAAUAAAUUGUGAUUUGUAGUUCGCCUCUUUUAUUGUGUGCUAAUUAAAUUGUUAAUAUGGUAUUUUUACAUUUAAUUUAUUUUUUAUUGUGCGUAAUGCAUCAUCGAUAAAGCAACGACUUGUGUUUAUAAAAUACAAGCCCAUUAAUGCUGCCUAACACAUUUAUGAACCUUUGCUCUUGACUGUGUUUUUGUCCAAGCUUGAAAUUUCUUUGCUUAAAUAGCAGAAAGAAAAAAAUAAACCUAUCAUGCCUUUUUUUUCUACUGUUCUAGUGAUGUUUUCCAAUAAGUUUUCCAACAGCAAUGCUUUGAUUUAUGAUUUAUUUUGUAUUUAAUGAUACAGGACAAUUAUGUUUUAUAUUAUUUCUACAUGUUCUGAUAAAGCACAACAAUCCAUGCCAUAACCCAUUACAAAUCAAAAAUCCUACAAAUCUGAUACAAUUCUGAUCCUUUUCACAGUGUCAUAUUUGCAAUAGUUGCAAAUCUUAGAAGUUUUGAAAUGUUAAAAUUAUCUUUAAAGAAGAGUCACAGAGUCAAUGCUUUGUCUCAUUGUGUCAAUGUAUCUCUAAGCCUU